UUUUCUUCUUCUUCUUCUUCCUUCUCUUCUCUGAAAAGGAUUCACCAACGCCGUUGUAAGUACUCUGGCCUCUUUUAGAUUGAUUCAUUGCUUGUUCUAGUUGCCGCUUUGGUCUUCUGUCUACUUUCUAAAGUUCAGCCGGAGGAGUCAUUCUAAGGUUUCAUUUCAUGACCUGUAGAUGAUACAGGCUGUAGGUAUUAAGUGGAUUAGUAUGUCUGGGUAUGAGAAUUUCACUAUGGAAUUCGUAUUUUGAAAUAAAUGAGUGAGUUCCAGGAGGAAAGUUGCUGUGAUCAUAGUUGUUUGGUUUUAGGGUUUGUUCGAGUGAGGAAUUUGAGAUGAAAAGGCAAGUAGGGUUUUCGAGGGAGCUUGAUCGAGUGAGUGGUGUUUCAGUGAUGUUUCCAUUUUGGGUUGUUAAUUUUGUUUAUCAAUCUGUUUGUGGUGGAAUUAUAAGAUCAUUGGGGGGUUAUUUCGAGAAUCAAUUUAGUCAGAUUAGGAUAACACCAUUGGUUGAUUAAUCAUCCUUGUCAGAUUCGUUUUGAUGCGCAUUUGACUUGAGCUAGUUUGAGCUUGAAUGUCCCAGAGUUAGGAUUGGAUGUUAUCACAACUUCAGGUCAGUAAUGGUUUCAACUUUUGGGAUUUGAAGGUCUGAUACUGUGAUGUGAUUGAUCGAGUGAGGUUGUUUGUAUCCAGAGACGUUUCGUCGUUCGAUCUUUUGAAUGAUUUAACUAUGAUUUGACAAAAUUGGUUUUAUCAGAUUAGGUACUUGCUGUCUGUGCUCUUUCAAAACUAUUUUGCAGCAGGCGUUGGGGGUCCAAUUUUCCGCGUAGAACGAACAGAGAUUACCAAUAAUGGAUCAGGAGUCGAGGAGUAUAAUCGUCAAAGUGAGGAACCAGGCAGGGAGCUCUAUGCGGUUCAGAAUUGAUCCAGCUACCCAGUUGCGGGGCCUGAUGCUAUCGUACUGCGAUUGGAACGAGCUGGUUGCAGAUGAUGUCCGUUUCUCGUGCAAUGGCCGCAAUUUGCAUCGUGAAGACACUCCCAAGUUGGUUAGGAUGAAGGAAGGAGAUGUUAUAGAUGCAGUCCAAGUAAUGGAUCAGGAGGGGCCGAAGAAGAUACUCGUCUUUCUGAAGGCCAUGGACGGAAGACCUCCGACCCCGUUCAGAAUGAAUCAAGCUACCCCGUUCGUGAAGCUGAUGCAAGCCUACUGUGAUCAGAUGGGGAUGGAAGUCGACCAAAUUCGUUUCAUUUACAAGGGUCGCCGUUUGGACAGUGAUGUUACCCCUCAGCAGGUGAAUAUGGAGGAUGAUGAUGUGAUAGAUGUAGUCCUGCGCUUGCGAGGAUCUUAGCUGGCUGGUACUAAGUAGUUCCGAGCCCUAGCUAGCUACUGGUAAAUAUGGGUAAAUUAGGAUUGCAGUGCAACUGUGCAAGGCAACGUACCGGCUGGUUUUGCAUGCGCUGAGAUUUACAAGUUCAGCGUACCAAACUGAAGACUAAUCUACUAUCCUAUUCUUAGUGUGGGUUGUUUAUUUUUCGAGGUGUUUAUCUUGUGUUAUAUGAUAUCCCUGGCACCAUGCAUUAUGAACUAUCUAUUCGACGUCUGAUCGCUUCCACUUGCUCUGU